ACACUUGAUCUCAUUUUUUCCUCAUCUCAUCACUUUGUCAACAUCAUAAUCAUUAUCAGUUAAUAAUUCACCAGUUUGUUGUUGUUGUUGUUCCUCAUUUUCCUAUAAGUGUUCAUAAUAAUACACUGACUUGGCUCAACAGAUCAUCAUAUUAACUCUUGUAGAGUUUAUUAUUUUCAUUAUUAUUUGGUUAUAAAUAUUCAAAGUUUCAGCUCAAUUCACCAUGAGAAACUUUGUUUUCACAGAGAUCACAGCAAUAAUAAUAAUUGGCCUCUCAUUUCAUCAAGUCUCCUGUCAAUUUGUCAACAACUAUAUUGAACAAAAUGUUAAUAUUACCGGAUUGUUGUUCAAAGAUUUUGCCUGGACUCAGUGUGGAACACCUGAUGUGAUCAAGUUUAGUCGACUUGAGAUCGAUCCUGAUCCAAUGAAGAUUCCCGGUUUACUUUCUGUAGGAUUAGAUGUGCUCGUUAAAAGUAAUUUAACCUCACCUCUUCCCUUCACCUUGAAGAUGAAAAAGAAAGUAUUUGGAGUAUGGGUUGACAUUCCCUGUGAACAUGGUUUCGGAUCUUGCCAGUAUUCAGAUUUUUGUACUCUAUGGCCCUACCCUAAACCUUGUCCUGAUGUUUAUACUCAAUACGGUGUUCCGUGUUCAUGUCCAUUCCCAGCGAAUCGAUACAAUUUCCCUGAAGUCGUCGUUGGAAAUGCAACUCUGCCCUUCUCUGACAUACCAAAAUGGCUUGAAAACGGUCACUAUUCAAUAGAAGCUCAUUUAAUGGACCAAUCAAGCCAAGAAUUGUUUUGUAUUCAAAUCCUGAUGCAAAUGAAGAUCAACAAUUAAUCAAAGCAAUUGUCAAGAUAAUACAAAGGAGAAUAUAUUUAUUUCCCAAAAAGAAAUCUGCAAAUCUGUUGAACCCAUGCAUAAUACCCGCAAGGCUAUUUAUUAGGUCAAAAAGCUUUGCGCGAAAAUUACAUUUGAAAAAAAUCUAAUUCUUGAAUCAAAAUGAUUUAAUCAAUGUAAUGAUCCUAAACAGCUUCAAUUGCUUUCAUUUUUUCAAAUGUAAUUUUCAUGCUUUUUGGCCAACCUAAUAAAUCAAACAAAAUAUUGUGAUCUCUCUACCGAGGCUGUUUAAAUGAAAUUUUGAAUUAUCCAGA